UUCGGCUCCCGCCCCGCGCCGCCAUCAUGAAGUCCUGAACAAAAACGGAUGAGAGUCGAGCAAAAAUGGGGAUAACACGAACUGGAGAUUAAAUCCGCCGACAACACUAACGUAAUGACAGCACAACGUGGAGCACGGAGCGGACCCGUGGAAAUUAAUGACUCCGUUUCCCAUUGAAAACGUCCUGGGUAGCUCCUGGCGUUACGUUAUAUAGUUAGCAGUGUUGCUAACAGCAGCUAGAGCUAGCCUCUGAUUUUCUUUGGAAGACAGCUCUGCUACUAGCUGGCAGGCGUCAGUCAGCUAGCUGUCACUUUAAUUGACUGGCACUGUCCCCAUGUCAAGUCGUGCAGACGUGCUAGCUGUCCAAUUGACUGGGAGCAUCAGGAUGGAGAGGGGUUUGGGUAAAAGCAUCGGCAGACAGAAUGUGGUUUGUUCGUGUUGAAUAGACACCAGUGCCGAGGAAAGGGGAGUGAGACCAAUAUUUUCCAGCCAGGCCGGUUAGCUAGCUCCAGAGCUAGCUACAGUGGAUCCCAAAAGCCACGGCGCUGGCCAUGCCGUCGAGUGUGCGGGCCGGGAGCCUGAAGGACCCGGAGGUGGCUGAGCUGUUCUUCAGGGAGGAUCCCGAGAAGCUCUUCACAGACCUGAGGGAGAUCGGCCAUGGCAGCUUCGGAGCGGUCUACUUUGCCCAUGACAUCCGCACCAAUGAGGUGGUGGCCAUCAAGAAGAUGUCCUAUAGUGGCAAACAGGCCAAUGAGAAAUGGCAGGAUAUAGUGAAGGAAGUGAAGUUUCUCCAGAAGCUGCGCCACCCCAACACUGUUGAGUACCGUGGCUGCUACCUGAGAGAGCACACAGCAUGGCUGGUGAUGGAGUACUGCUUGGGCUCAGCUUCUGACCUCUUAGAAGUCCACAAGAAACCCCUCCAGGAAGUGGAAAUAGCUGCCAUAACCCAUGGUGCAUUGCAGGGAUUGGUGUAUCUUCACUCUCACAACAUGAUUCACAGGGACGUGAAGGCAGGAAACAUCUUGCUUACAGAGCCGGGCCAGGUCAAACUGGGAGACUUCGGCUCUGCCUCCAUCGUCGCCCCAGCCAACUCCUUCGUGGGAACACCUUACUGGAUGGCCCCUGAGGUGAUCCUGGCCAUGGACGAGGGUCAGUACGACGGGAAGGUGGAUGUAUGGUCACUUGGCAUUACCUGCAUAGAGCUGGCGGAAAGGAAGCCUCCUCUGUUCAACAUGAAUGCUAUGAGUGCCUUAUACCACAUCGCCCAGAAUGAGAGCCCUGUGUUGCAGUCUAAUCACUGGUCAGAUUAUUUCCGCAAUUUUGUGGACUCCUGUUUGCAAAAGAUCGCCCAGGACAGACCUACCUCUGAUGUGCUGCUCAAGCACCAUUUCCUAUGCAGAGAGCGUCCCAUGACAGUUGUGAUGGACUUGAUCGCCCGCACCAAGGACGCUGUCCGCGAGCUGGAUAACCUUCAGUACCGGAAGAUGAAGAAAAUCCUCUUCCAUGAGGCACACAACGGUCCCGCACCAGAAGGAGGCGAUGAGGAAGAGGAUGUGGAGCAGUAUAUGCUGCGCACCGGCACAGUCAACAGCAUGGAGAGCUCCCACUCUCUGCCAUCUAUGUCAAUCAGCGCCAGCUCCCAGAGCAGCUCGGUCAACAGCCUGGCAGACGGCUCUGACGACAGCGGGGAGAUGGCCAUGAUGCAAGAAGGAGAGCACACAGUCACCUCCAACAGCUCCGUCCUGCACAAGCCCCUGAGCCAUGACAACAUCUACGAUGAUCCCUAUCAGCCAGAAGUUGACUCACAACGAGAAGCUUCAUCUGCUGGCGGAGGAGGGGGAGGAGGUGGGGGGAGGCGUCGUCGAGGGAGAGACCACUUUGCCACCAUCAGGACAGCCUCACUCGUCACUCGUCAGAUCCAGGAACAUGAGCAGGGCUCGGCCCUGAGAGAGCAGAUGUCUGGGUACAAGCGAAUGCGACGGCAGCACCAGAAGCAGCUGAUGGGCCUGGAGAACAAGCUGAAGGCAGAGAUGGACGAGCACCAGCUGAGACUGGACAAAGAGCUGGAGAAUCAGAGGAACAGCUUCUCCAUGGAGGGAGAAAAACUCUCCAAAAAGCACCAGGUCAUCCUGGAGAAGGAGGUGAGCUGGUGGAGGACGAAUGAGACAAAGGCAGUCCUGACUGAGGAGAAGAAGUUCCAGCAGCACAUACUGGCCCAGCAAAAGAAGGAGUUGACCAGUCUGCUGGAGUCCCAGAAACGGCAGUAUCGCCAACGCAAGGAGCAGCUCAAAGAGGAACUGAAUGAGAACCAGUCAACACCAAAGCGGGAGAAACAAGAGUGGCUGGUGCACCAGAAGGAGUGUCUGCAGCAGCUGCAGGCCGAGGAAGAGGCAGGCCUGCUGCGGCGGCAGAGGCAGUAUUAUGAGCUACAGUGUCGCCAGUACAAGAGGAAGAUGCUGCUGGCACGCCACAACCUGGAGCAGGAUCUGCUCCGAGAGGAACUGAACAAGAAGCAGACUCUGAAGGACUUGGAGUGCGCCAUGCUCCUGCGUCACCACGAGUCCACUCAGGAGCUGGAGUUCCGCCAGCUGGGUUUGGUGCAGCAUACGCGGGCCGAGCUGAUCCGCACACAGCACCAGACGGAGCUCACCAACCAGAUGGAGUACAACAAGAGGCGUGAGCAGGAGCUGCGUCAGAAACACGCCGUGGAGGUCCGCCAACAGCCCAAGAGCCUCAAAGUGAGUGAGAGCACCCAAAGCCAGGGGUCUCCCGAAGAGGGAGAGGGCCAGACAACAGAGGGGCUGGGCAGCAGCUGGGACAGUGAGGGGGGGGUGGUACAAGUAGAGGUGGAGGGCGAGAUACAAAAAGAGAGGGAGAUGGUAGAGAAAGAGAUGUAUGAUGGUCAGGAUGAGCUUGAUGGAGCGGUACUGGAAUUCAAAGAUGAGGAGGUAGAGGGCGUCUCUGUGGUUGAAGGGAAAGAUGAGGUAGAUGACGAGAAUAAACCAAAGGGAAAUGAUGACAGAGAGGAUGAGAAGGAGGAGUGGAAAAUUGGCGAAGAAGGGCCAGAGGUGAGGGAAGUAGAAGGAGUGCAGUGGGAGUACGAGGAUGAUCACAGUAAAACUGAACAUGUAGACACCGAUGAAGAGGAAGAAGAGGGCAGGGGCGUGGCCGAUGGUUGCCCGUCAGAGUUCAUCUCAUCCCUGUCCCCGGAAAAGAGACGGCUCCGUGAGCGAGACAUCGAUGAGCUGUCUGAGUUUUACUUCCCUGUUUCUCCAGAGGAGCUGGAGCCCAUACCCACCUCUCCCCCUCCUUCCUCUCCUUCCACCGCCCAAACGUCUUUGCCUUCGCUCUUCUCUCACGCCAUCUGCCUCCUCCUCUCCCUCUCCGUCGCUGCUCAGCCCUCCAACCUCACUUUGCUGCUGCUCUCCAUCUUCCUCCUCUCCCUCCGUCGCUCACCACCUCUGCCCUCGGUGGCCUCGGUCCUCCUCUCUGCGGAGCUUGCCUUCUUGGCGCUCUUCUUCUCCUACCUCUUCCUUCGUUCCUGCUGCUCUCUGUCUCUCUCCACCUACCUGUCGCUCAGCCUCUGGGCCAGCGGCCUCUUCAGUUUAGGACUCUCCCUGAGUUUGGGGAUUUAUUACAUCCCCAUGAUCUUGAUUUCCGCCUCCUUCCUCAGCUCUCCCUCCCUCUUCCUCUCUCUCUACUUGGUGGUCGUGCUGAUUGUGAGGCCGGCCCGCGACUUCCUCCAGUACGCACCUCGUAAAGUCAACCGCCUCUGCAUGCGCGUCCUUUUCCGACUGCCUCGACCCCUGUUUGCCAUGUGCCAGUCAGUGCUGGGUGGUAUGGCUGAGCGUAACCUCUAUGAGAUGUUUCCCAAAGCAGGGCGCAACUGGGGUGUGCGCCAGUCCAAAAUCCCAGUCCCCCUGAAGAGCUUACCCUUAGAGUAUCAGGCUCGCUGCAGUAACACCUCUCCCUUGUCCAAGGGCCUUCUCUGGGUGAGGCGUUUCAGUAGACGGCCCCUCGGGGUCUUGGCAGACCUGGCUAACUCCAUAGUGCUAAAACUAGCCAGACAGCUCCUUAAAAAGCUGCCGAUCAGCGUCCGUGUCAAACUCCUAAAUCUGGGCCUCUUGAAGAAGGAAAUCCCAAGCAGGCUGCCCCAACUGCUGCCCAGGGAAGUCAGAGAGAGGAGACAGAGGGAGAGGAGGAGGAGAGAGAGGGAGAGACAGAGGAGGGAAGAGAGGGAGAGGAUGUUUCGUGAGGAGGUGAGGUGGGAGUGUGGGUUGAGACGGACUGCAUCUGGAAGGUUUGUCAGGGGAAAAAUUCGACCAUGGAGAUAGCAAGAGUUAGACAAAUUAAAGAAAAGAGUGGGACGUGUGCUGAUGUGUGUGAGCGUGAUCAUGCUCUAUGUUCCAUUAUUUGUGUGUUGUUUUGAUUUGGGCCCACAUGUCUCUCUUGUUACAUAAUUCCCCAAACUGAGCUUUGGUCGCAUGUCCUAAAGAUGAGACAUAUUCUACCCUGCACACGUGCACAUACAUAUAUGUGUGCACUGGCUGAAAGUGAUUUUGGCUGUUGAAGCUUAUCCACACAUGUGUACAUGUCUGCACAUGUUGAAUCAGUGGGCUCUGCAAACAGAAACCUGCAGCUAAACCCACUGUUGCUGUACCAAACCAGUGAAGUUUUAACAUUUCAUUAUUGUGCUUUUUGUAAAAGUUCUUCAAAGUUUCUUGAAUUUUAUAAUUUUGCUCUUAAUUUGUAAGACAAAUAUUUUUAUGGUUAUUUUUUAAGACCGUUUUUGUGCAAUCCUUUUGUUUUUCUUUUAUACUGGUCUUAUUUCAUUGGGUGCACUGUUAUCUCAGUGCUUAGAACAAAUAUUACAGUGUUGCAUAGGUUCCUGGCUAUAAUUUCACUCCCCAAAGCUGAAUACUGUGAAAAAGAAAAAACGUAUUGGAAUAAUUUCACUAACAUCACCCCAAACACUACAGGUCGCUCUCAGUCAGUAUGAAAGUGCAAUAAACAGCUAAGCAGAAAUAUCUGGGACCACUGUAGGACAACAUGAAGCAUAAUUUCUAUGUUUAGAAGUCAAAGUGGAAUAUAGUUUGCAGAAGUUUGAGGCCAUUUAGCUGGAACAUUAAGCCUAUCCAAUACAUUGUUUCAUCCGAAGACACCAUUGGAUAUUAUUUUACAGCUGGUGAAAUUAUUAUCGUUCAGAUUUUAGUUAGAUGUACUGUUUUUUAUUGCUCUUUAUGCAAUAAUUUUGUUAUGUUUUACCAUGUAAACAUUUAGAUAUCUUUCCCCUUAAUCAUCACAUAAAUUUAAACCAGUUGAGUGCCUUGUUACAACAGUUUGCACAAAUGUUAACUCUGUUGUGAAGUGACAUAUCCUACAUUUAUAGUGGAAACAUAGGAAUGCAGGAUAUACUUUUGGAGUAGUAAAAUUAGAAAAUAAUAAAAACUUAUUUAAUAUUUCAGUGUAGCUUAAUUUAUAUGAAGCCAUAUAGACAAUCUUUUGAGACACGCAAUCAUAAAAGAAGUCCAAAGAUUGAUGCAACUACUGAAUGUGAAAGUAGAGAUUGAGCAGUUCAUGAUCGUGUGGAGAGAAGGUGUCCAGUUAAAGCAUUUGUUUCAUUUUGCACUGUCCCAAGGACAAAAAAACAAACAAAUGGGAGAACAGAUCACUUCAGUUUAGGGCUACAACUAAAGAUUAUUCCCAUUAAUGAUCUGAUGAUCUACAGAUUUUUUUUAUUUAUUUUUUAUUUUUUUGAUUAAAUGUCUAAAAAUAGUAACAAUUGCCCAUCAUGUCCCAGAGCCUGAGGUGAUGUCCUGAAAUAUCUUACUUUGUUCAACCAAAAGUCCAAAACCCAAAGAUGUUCAGUUUAGACUGAUAUAUGACAGAGUAAGCAGCAAAUCCUCUGAUAUGAGAAGCUGGAACCUAUUUUUUCUUGGGGGAAAAUGGCUUUAAAUGAUUAAUCGAUAAUCACAAUAGUUGCUGAUCAUUUUUCUGUCGACCAACAAAUCGAUCAAUCAUUUCAGCUGUACUUCAGUCGGACCAAAAACAAAUUUUACUGUUACUUUCGCAAAUUUGAGGACUUAAAAACCACAUUGCUCUAAUGUGUAAAUUUUUUAAGUGAAUUAAGUUAAAUUAAGCAAAUUUCAGUGAAAAUUUGCGAUUGUGACAUUCAUAGAUUUGAGAGUAAAAAUGUGCAUAUUUGCAAGGGAAGUCUGGUUAAGAUUAAUAAAAUGCAUUAGUGCUUAUAAAUGCUAACUAUGUAGGAUGAUAUUCCCUGUGUGUCACAGAAGGACGGCAUUGGAGUCAUUACAUGGAGGAAUAUUACUGAGUAGGAAAACUCAGUAUUAACUGUAUUUUGACACGGGGGGAACAAAAAAGUUGGGCACUUUGUUUAGGUGUCCUGCAUUUGGAAUGUCUCGCUAAAAAAAAGACAUUUCACAGCAAACCUUGUGUUUUAUUUGAAUGUAACUUAUUUGCCAUUGAUUUACUUUUGUGUUCCAGUAUCAGUUAUUUCCUGUUCCUCUGUGUAUGUUUACAUGUUUGUAUUCUGUUUGUUGUGACACCGUCUGAGAGAUAUAUCACCUUGAGUUUUUUUAAAAUAUUUAAUUUAUGCAGUAUUUAUAAGACUAGUACUGCAUUGUGUUUGGCAGCCAUUUUGUUGUCCUUUUAUUCUCACUUUAGCUGCAUGAGUGUUGGCGUACUGUACGGCCAUGUGCCAGCAAGCAUAGAAAAAUAUUUUGUCAUACUUCCAGAUUUUUCUUUACCCAAAAAAUAAAUUCUUUUGUGUGGAAAUCA